CUUCCUUCCUCCUAUAAAGAACAAUGUUUGCGCCCGUCCUACCUUGAUUGUGUGCUCCAUGCAGUCCCUUAGAUCUUAAACCAGACAUUGGUCUUCUGUUCAAAAGCAGACAUAUUUCCUGUUGUUGGCGUAAGGCACUUGUAGCCUUUCGCCUUUGAGUUUUUUUCUAUUUUUUUUUUAUCUGGUCAACAUCCUCACCCACCACUCAGCAUCGCGUCAAAUCAUCAACAUGCCUCUCUUUGGAAAGCGCCGCGCCGCUAAGGAGGAGGGCUCUCUCCCUUCUACCGAGGCAGAUGGUCACCGUCACCAUAAGCGCUCUCCGGCCGAGUCCUACUCCAUGUCUAAGCGGCCUAGCUUCGGCCAGUGGGUAAAGCACACUUGGCUGGACAUUGUAACGAUGGCCAUCAUGGGAGCUCUGGGUCUAGGCAUUUACUUCGCCGAGCCUCGCCCGGCCCGCUCAUUUGCGGUAACCUUUUCCGACGGUCAGGUAGUCUACCCUCAGUUCGCCUACCCUCUCCGCGAUGAGGUGGUCCCCAUCUGGCUGGCUGCAUUCCUGGCCUCCAUGGUCCCAAUCACCAUCAUGGCCAUCAUGCAGAUCCGUGUGCGAUCCUUCUGGGAGUUCAACAACGCCGUCAUCGGAAUUCUGUACUCGCUCAUCACGGCCGCAUUGUUCCAGGUCUGGGUGAAGUGGCUAAUCGGUGGUCUCCGCCCUCACUUCCUCGACGUUUGUGAUCCGGACCCGGCCAAGAUGGGCAACAACAAUGGCGAGGGGUUCCAGAGGCUCUACUUCCGCCCCGAUAUCUGCCGAGGCGAGAAGAAGCUCAUCAACGACGCACUCGAGUCCUUUCCCUCGGGUCAUACGACAGCCGCAUUUGCUGGUUUUGGCUAUCUAUACCUCUACCUUAAUGCAAAGCUCAAGGUCUUCAGCAACUACCACCCCUCGCUCUGGAAGCUCGCUCUGACCUACUCCCCGAUCCUGGCCGCCGUCCUGAUUGGCGGCGCCCUGACCAUCGACGAGUACCACAACUGGUAUGAUAUUUUUGCCGGUGCCGCUGUUGGCAUCACCAUGGCUUUCAGCUCGUACCGCAUGACCUUUGCCGCCAUCUGGGACUGGCGCUUCAACCACAUUCCGCUGAACCGGACAGCCCCCUUCAAUUACGACAGCUAUAUGAAUGCCGAGCUGCUCCAUGCCGUUGCGACUCGCAAAGCCGGCUGGGGCGGAGAUGGCCUUGGUCACGGACACGGACACGGACACCACGACAAGCAUGCUGCCGGUAUGGGUGCUGGUCAUGUUGGUCACCACGACGGCAUGGGACACCACAAUGGCGUGGGACACCAUAACGGGUUGGGCCACCAGGACGGUGCCCACUCCGCCGUCGGCGGCCACGCUAACGGUGUGCCAGCCAACGACGGCUUCACACAGCAUAGGAGGCCUGUGGGAGGCCAUGGUGGUGACCACAUGGUUUAAUGCAGUUUCACUUUGACGGAGCUGGGGAGUAAAGACCAAAGAUAUAACUUAUAAUGAUGCGGGGGACAGUCGAGGUCUUGGUAGUAAAAUUGCAGCCUUUUCAGUAUGUUAGCAUUCACAUUGAGUAGUUUUGCGCUGGAGUUGGAAUUGGGACUUGAAAAACACGAUACCAGAACACGAUACCAGAGUCAUGAUAAUUAGUAAUUCUGAUAGUUUUAUACCUGUGGCCUGGGGUGCAUCACCCAGUCAACCUGAGUGAAUUGUCUUUAUUUCACAAUCACGAUAGUGGCCAUGCGUUUACUAGAUUUAAGGAAUAUGUUCUGUUGCUGUUAUGAUACAAAAAGGCUAUACCAGGUAAUAAUUGUUCUAUAAAGCUACCGGUUCAAUCAACUCAUU